AGAAAGCCCUCCCAGGCGGUGCAGGACUUGCGCGCUCCGAUCUGUCAGAAUCCAAAGGCAGAAAAAGUUUUUGCCAAAGGCGCACUCUAAAAACGAGUUCGCGUCGCUACGGAAACAACGAGAGGCCGACCUGUUUUAAACCACAUAAAGUCGGGACCCUGCAGCCACCUCUGCCAGAGCGCGCAUCUCACCCUUUUCUCGUUCGAGAUCUGUGGCUCUAUGGCGACAAAAUUUUGUGGGAGGAAGAUCCUGCUGGAAUUUGCAGUGGGACUGACCAUCUUUUUCGACUUGGGCAGCUGUGAACCUGUGAAGAUAUUUGGCCUCAUGAACAAUAACAUCACACUUUCACCAUUGCGGAAAGCAGUGUUUAAAGAUAUUACCUGGAAGAAAGGCAAAGAUAAAGUAGCAGAACUGCAAGAAGGUGGCCUGGUUAACUACUUUGGGUCCUUUCAAGAAAGGGCAACAUUAGACCAAACUGGGAACUUUACCAUCCUGAAUUUAACGGCAUCUGAUGAAGACCAGUAUGAAAUAGAGUCAUUUAACCCUGGGGCAAGUGAGACCAUGCAUCUUUAUGUCUUAGAGAGCCUUCCACAACCUCAUCUCUACUGUUCUUUUGAUGGUGAAAACUUCACAGUAUGGUGUAAUGGGUCAGAAGGCAGUCGCUUUCUAAAUUACGAAUGGAAAUUUUCUGGAUCGUAUGUGAAUCUUUCAGAAUCAAAGGUGCAGCUGAGGAAUUCUGGAAAUCUCCAUCAAAACAUCACUUGCAUUAUCAAGAACCCCAAAUCUACCAAUGAAUCUUCACUCUUUCUCAAGACCUGUGUCCAAGAGAGGAGUCAGGAAAGGAACAGAUUUCUACUAAUUGGAUCAGUCCUUUUUCUGGUGCUGUGCGUUGCUGUAGUCUUUCGCAUCUUAAAAACAUGAGAGUGCCUGUCGUCUGCUGUGUUUAAUCUGUAAGCCUAUUGGCUGGCAGUACACUGAACCUGUCAGGAUGUCUGCAGAUGGAGAAACCCAGAGUUGAGCACUAGAACCUGCUAACUGCCCUGCCAGAACCUGUGAGCUCCUGUGACCUGAUCGCCAGACUCCUGAGUUCUUCGGCUUGAGGCUCAAUUUCUUGAAUUCUCCACUGCUCUCUCCGCCCAGGACUCCACUUCACCUCAGACCCUCCACAGCCUUUGCACUAAUGGGCAAGGAGAAAUCAGAAAUUUACUCUGUUGAGUUCAAUGGAACAAAAGACAUUGAAACAUUAGACAAGGAUAAUGGCAAAGGCAAGUGGAAGGAAUGCUUCAGAAACCACAAGAAGGACCAGCAGAAAGAACUCAAGAAAGACCUUGAUCUGGAUGACCACAAACUCAGCACUAAGGAAUUAGAAGAAAAGUAUGGAACAAACAUCGUCCAAGGUCUCACUAGCACAAGAGCUUCGGAGAUCUUGGCUCAGGAUGGUUCCAAUGCCCUUCCUCCCCCCAAAGAAACUCCAGGAAUCAUCAGGUUCCUCAAACAAAUGGUGGGUGGAUUCUCCAGCCUUUUGUGGGCAGGAGCUGUCCUGUGUUUCAUUGCAUAUCUGAUUGAGUUUUCAAAGGACAAGUCUGCCUCCAUGGACAAUUUCUAUUUAGGUGUUGUGCUCAUCGUGGUGGUCAUCUUCACUGGGAUGUUUGCUUAUUACCAGGAGGCAAAAAGCACCAACAUCAUUGCCAGCAUCACUAAAAUGAUUCCUCGGAAAGCUUUGGUCAUCAGAGAUGGAGAAAAGACUGAGAUCCCUGCAGAGCAGCUGGUUGUAGGAGAUAUUGUAGAGAUUAAAGCUGGUGACCUGAUUCCUGCUGAUAUCCGGAUCCUGGUCU